AUGCGCUGCAUCAGCGUCCAGGCGGAUCUUAGCGAACCCGCGUCAGUGGUCAACAAGAUUCUCGCCAAGUGUCUAUGGUGGUACGAGGCAGCCAUUGAAGCCGCCAUGACGCAGCAAACCUGGGCGCGUGAACUUGGUGACAGAGCUACUGUCGAUGCGGUCAACCCCGGGCCCGUCAUUGGGGACAUAUUCCGGGAGUCCGGGAAAGAUUUUCGGAAUAGAAUGCAAGGCUGGCGGGACAAUGCACCUGGCAGCAUGAUUAUUGUGGAUGAAGGAUUUGACGGGGACGGGUGCGGAGAGGCUGAGUGA